UUCUCUCUUGUCACUUCCUGUUUCAACGACGCCCCACAAAAAGAAAAAAAAAGGGGGGGAAACCAGACCCACCAGAGUUCAUGUUUAGACGUAGAGACUCAGUCAGCUGUCACAUCGAUGAGAUUACGGUCCUGCGAUUGGAGAGGAAGAUCGGGGCUUGAAUGAUUCGGGAUUAGAAAGUAAGAUAACUUCCACUGAGCAUCUCGAGAGGGUGUUUCAGUGUUUUUAUUUUGGUGGUAGGAAGGAAGUCGUUUGUGCCUAGAGACUUUAUUAUGUUAUGAAAAAAGGCAACAGCAAAUGUAGAGAGUGUGUGUGGGCAGACUUUUGGUACAACUUGAAAAAUAACACGUUCAGCAGCGCUGAUCAAAAACAAAAUCAAUCUGUGCUUCAUACUUUAAUAUUUUAGACAAUAAUCCAUGACGCUAACCCCAUCUCGCUCCAGGACCUUCCUCCAUGUCCGCAGUGGCGCCCUCCAGUCCCACCAGUCUCUCGGCGCCGGCGCUGGUCCAGUUCCAGCUCGGCCUGUUCAGGGAGGAGGUCCGAGUCCCCGCCGGCAACCUGAGCUACCGCCAUGCCAAGAGGCUGGCGAUGGACAUCAUAGAACGCAAGGCUCCGGACUGCUGCGUGGUCGGCAUCGGUGAGAAGAUUCUGCUGUUCAGACAUCAGCCCGCCUCAGAGCAGCUGCUGCUGCACCUCGCAGACCACGACGAGCUGCAGCACGGCGACCUCAUCGAGGUCAUCAUCCCAGGAUCAGCGUCGGUGACUGAGAUGAGGAUGCGGCCACACUCCCUGGUGGUCCAGUCGUACCGGACCCCCACCUUCUGCCACCACUGUGGGGAGAUGCUGUGGGGCCUCGUCCGACAGGGGUUAAAAUGCGAAGGUUGUGGAUUAGACUUUCAUAAACGUUGUGCAUUCCAGUUGCCCAACAACUGCAGUCGAGCGCGGCGUCAGGUCAGCACCAGCUUCUCGCUGUUUCCUCCCCGACGACCCCACACGCGCUCCCUGUCCAAUCAGGCUGGAGGAGGAAGUCUGGAAGAGAUCAGCAUGACCAAGCCCUCCUCCAGGCCUCCGUCCUGGGCGGAGCCCCCGGUCUGGCUGGGGGUCGGGUACGGCGACAGGAGCAGGGUCCAGGUGCCUCACACCUUCCACAUCCACAGCUACACCAAACCCACCGUCUGCCAGUACUGCCACCGGCUGCUCAAAGGGCUCUUCAGACAGGGGCUGCAGUGCUCAGACUGCAGGUUUAACUGCCACCGCCGCUGUGAGCAGCUCGUCCCCAGAGACUGUCCAGGAGAGAGGAGGGGAAUCAACGGGGAAGAAUCCCCAGUGUUGGCUCCCAGCUGCCCACCGGACCCCGGGGACAAUGAUUCAGUGCUCACCGAUAUGACAACACUAGACCUCUCCGACGAUGAGAUGUCCACAGAUGGAGACUCGAUGGCCGAGACCAAAGACGAGGAGCAGCAGCGAGAGCCGAUGAGUCCGUGUUUCAGCAGCUACAUCCCUCUGAUGAGGCUCGUCCAGACGGUUCAUCACACUAAGAGGAGGGCCGGUGGAGUCCUGAGAGAGGGAUGGCUGCUGCAUCACACCAACACUGACGCACUGAGGAAGCGUCACUACUGGAUCUUGGACUGGAAGAGCAUCACUCUGUUCCAGAACGAGAGCAGCACCAAGUACUACAAGGAGAUCGCUCUGUCCGAGGUGCUGCAGGUCCGAGGCCCCGCCCAGCUCUCCGUGCCCUCGUUGCCGGGCAACAGCGGCCACUCCUUCGAGGUGGUGACGGCCUCGCUGGUGUACUGCGUGGUGGCCGGAGAGGACGGGCUGGCCUGGGAGAGCGCCAUCCGCCAGGCUCUGAUGCCCGUCCAGGGCAGCGGAGGACACGGCGAGGAGAAGCAGGGAAAAGACUCUCACAGAGACAGCUUGGACAUCAGCUCAGUGUAUCAGAUCUUCACAGACGAGGUUUUGGGCUCGGGACAGUUUGGAGUUGUGUACAAAGGUACUCACAGGAAGUCAGGUCGGCCAGUCGCCAUCAAGGUCAUCGACAAGACGCGAUUCCCCACAAGACAGGAGAGACAGCUGAGGAACGAGGUGGCCAUCCUGCAGAGUCUGUCCCACCUCGGCGUGGUCCUGUUGGAGGGGAUGUUUGAGACGGUGGAACACGUCUUCGUCGUCAUGGAGAAGCUCCACGGCGACAUGCUGGAGAUGAUUCUGUCCAGCGAGACUGGACGACUCCCUGAACGCACCACCCGCUUCCUGGUCAUGCAGAUCCUGGAGGCUCUGCGGUACCUGCACUUCAAACACAUCGCUCACUGUGACCUGAAACCUGAGAACGUGCUGCUGGCCUCAGCGGACCCCUUCCCUCAGGUAAAGCUGUGUGACUUCGGCUUCGCCCGCAUCAUCGGCGAGAAGUCCUUCCGGCGCUCUGUCGUGGGCACGCCGGCCUACCUGGCGCCAGAGGUGAUCAGCAGCAGCGGCUACAACCGCUCUCUGGACAUGUGGUCGGUCGGUGUCAUCAUGUACGUGAGCCUGAGUGGCACGUUCCCCUUCAACGAGGACGAGGACAUCAGGCAGCAGAUCACCAAUGCUGCCUUCAUGUACCCGCGACAACCCUGGGCCUCCAUCUCACUGGAGGCUGUGAGUCUCAUCAACAACCUGCUGCAGGUGUCGGUCAGACGGAGGUUCAGUGUGGGCAAAGCAUUAGGACACCCCUGGCUGCAGGACUUCCAGCUGUGGUGUGACCUCAGGGAGUUCGAGCAGAAGAUGGGCUGCAGGUAUCUGACGCACCGGGGCGACGAGGAGCACUGGAUACGCUACGCCCAGGAGAGAGAGCUGAUCUUCCCGUCCCACCUCUGCUGGGACCCUGACAGCGACAUGUGACCUCGGCCCGCAGGACUCGUGCAUGGCGCACUUCUGCUUGAACUUCUCAGCCAGAUGGUCGAGUCUCUCCAGGCGGCGGAUCUCAGUCAGCAGCCACUCCUCGUAGCCCUUCUCCACCUGCUCCAGACCCUUCCAGGCGUUGGCAAUAUC